CCCGUAAGCAGUCUUGAAGAAACGAAGAAACGCGACCGUCAUUCAAAACUAGUAGCUGCAAUCUAGGGUCAGAUAUCACGGCUAGGAUCAAAUUACCAACAAUGUGGCUUAUAAAUACAUGCAAGCUUGAGUUGGUCUUUCACUCAUCUGAGCCGCCAAACGAAUAUAUGAUCCUGUCACACACUUGGGAAGAUGGCGAAGUUACGUUCCAGGACUUCCGGGAUCUCAGGUUCGCGCGUACUAAGAAGGGAUUCUCUAAGAUUGAAGAGACCUGCCGCUUAGCCCGAAAAGCCACGCUUGAAUGGGCCUGGGUCGACACUUGCUGUAUUGAUAAAACGAGCAGCGCCGAACUGAGCGAGGCCAUCAAUUCAAUGUUCCGAUGGUACCAGAAUGCUGCCAUAUGUUGUGUCUACUUGUCAGAUCUGCCACCAGAAGGUGGGAAUGCUCCUGAUAAGCUCCAAAUCAACCGUCACUUGAUCAAGAACGGCGCAGAGAAACUCUCUAAGGGUGGGCUGGAUCUUUUACAUGGGGAGGUCUCUCAGGAUUCCUCGGAUGGAUCAAUGGAGGAUAGCUCCUGGACAGAACUUCACCUCCCAAAUUGUCGAUGGUUUACCCGAGGCUGGACGCUCCAAGAACUUCUUGCGCCUCGCAGUGUUCUAUUCUACGACAACCAAUGGAAUCUAAGGGGAACUAAGGAAUCAUUGAAAUAUCCGCUCUCAAAGAUUACCGGAAUCGACAUGCAAGCUCUCAUGGGGUCACGGCCGCUUGAAGAUUAUCCUAUUGCGGUUCGAAUGUCAUGGUGUUCAAAAAGGGAGACUUCGCGAUCGGAAGACCUAGCGUACUGUCUACUAGGUAUUUUUGGCGUAUACAUGCCAAUGUUAUAUGGCGAAGGAACGAAUGCUUUCAUUAGACUGCAGGAAGAAAUCUGCAAAACCACAGACGAUCUCUCAAUUUUCGCUUGGGUAUCGUUGAAGGCACCAAGUUUCCACUACCCGUACCGCGGCCUCUUUGCAAUAUCACCUGCAGAGUUUUCCGCCUGUCGCGGUUUAACACGGUUUCCACCCAGCCGUAGGAGAGACAUUGGCUUCAGGGUUACUAACAACGGGCUAACAUUUGAUAAAGCCCUUAUCUAUUGUCCCAAUACACGACGAAGUAUCUUAUUGUUGGACUGUUUUCACCAGGAACUCAAGGGAGUGCAAAACCCAAGACCUGUUGGAAUAUACCUUGCUCAGAUAGGCGACCAAUUUGUCCGCCAUAUCUACUCGAGGCUUUACAAGAUGGAUCAAUACACGACUAAGAAACUAAGCGUUCAAGCUCUAAAUGUCAGAAAGUUUGUAUCCCCAAGAGAGGCAGUUCCCCUAUUCCUCGAGUCAGAAGUUGCAGUAACACUGAGGCUUCCGGUAAAUACCAAGAAGAUAAGCUAUCUACCCCGUCCGCAAAGAGACUCUGCAACAUCUUUAGUAGAGAGAAGUUUCGAUGAGUUAAUAUGGGCUAUAGACGACCCGGCAUAUCUGGCGUAUUGUUUAUUUCAAGUCGAUGCAUCUUCUUGGGAGACUAGCCACCGAAGACAUUAUUGCUCAUUCAAAGCCUUGGUAGCCUGGGGGCUCGACGCGAGAGAUGGCUCCAACAAAGCAUUUGUCUGGACAGAGCAAUCCUUUCUCUGGCCUAGGAUAUCUGGGAUAGUGGACUCUAGCCCGAGUGAAGAGCGAUCCAUUUGGCCUAAGAAUUACGUCCUUAGAGAUCUGUUGCUUGAGAAGAAUCAAUUCGACAAGGAACAACAAGAGCAGCUAGAAGCUAAAUACACUCAUGUAGGAAUCAUGGUGGUUGUCAAAGCAGUCAAAAAUAGCAAUGGAAGACAGCUUGAGAUCAAAAUUGAGAGGCCGCGUCCAUACUUUCCCUCUUGGAAUCUCCCUUCAUGGAUUGAUUCCGAUGAAUAGUGGUCUACCUUAUCGUGCGAAUGUAAUUUACAAACUAAAUAACGAAUGACCUCAAGGUGGUUCCUAUGGGCAAGGAUAUCCGUAUGUCGUAGGUCUGACUAUGAAGAGAGGAGAUGUGCGAAGACGUUGUGUCUGCAACACCAAUGCCGUCUACCCAUGCGAUCAUGCGUGGCUUAAUGGCGGAUAAAAGAGGCUUGCAUGUGUGGACGAGAUCCUCUACGGACGACCUGGUGUUCGAAACAUGGUAAAAUUUGGUGGAAGUUUUGGCUAGGUAUGGUGUAUUUUGGGGCGGG